UCUGCGGCAUAAUGCAACGGAGUAGUAACAGAAUGUCAACUCUAGCUGUUAUUGCCUAUUCACAGACAUGAAAGAGGAAUAUUGUGCUCCUCCAAAUCAUCAGAACAAUUUUCCACGAUGAGAAUUCAUUGCAAAAUUGUUGUGAUCGCUGUCUGUUUUGGAGUUUUUUUACUUUUGUACUUUUUUUGGGGAAAUGCUGCAGACGGUCCGCCUUUCAAAGAAGUUGAGGAGGAUACCUAUUUUCCAAAGUCCUCGGGGCUUCGAAACAACGUUGCAUCAAAGUUAACAAAAAAAACUCUCGAUGAACUUCACAUUCCACACAAACAACCACUCACGUACCGAAAAGAAUCGAAAGUAGCCAGUAGAGGAGGCAAUGCGAUCGCAAAGAGCAGACAGAGGAGUGACAUGGGAGUGGGACUGGGCUGGCCCGCAUCGAAGCGCGCCCGUGCUGAGGAGGUCAUGCACCUGGCCGUGGUGGCCUGUGGGAACCGCCUGGAUGAGACGCUCACCAUGUUCAAGUCAGCCCUCCUCUUCAGCAUCAAGAGGAUCAAGUUCCACAUCUUUGCAGAGGACCCCUUGACCUCACAGUUUGAUAAGGGGUUUUUCUUUCAGCUGAGCCAGUGGCCCCGUGCUAUCACAAACAAGUUCCAGUACAGUAUCUACCCAAUCACGUUCUCUGUGGGGAAUGCAGAGGAAUGGAAAAAGCUGUUCAAGCCCUGCGCUGCCCAGAGGCUGUUUCUCCCUGUGAUCCUGAAGGAUGUAGACUCUUUACUCUACGUGGAUACAGAUGUGCUGUUCCUCAGGCCCAUGGAUGAUAUGUGGAGUUUCCUCAAGGCCUUCAACACCACCCAGCUGGCUGCUAUGGCCCCAGAGCAUGAGAUCCCGAAGAUAGGCUGGUAUAGCCGCUUCGCACGCCACCCCUUCUACGGGGUCACCGGGGUCAACUCAGGAGUCAUGCUGAUGAACCUCACAAGGAUACGAAGCACUCUGUUCAAAAACAGCAUGAUACCCAGUGGCCUGUCAUGGGAGGACCUCCUCCACCCACUCUACCAGAAGUACAAGAACCACAUCACCUGGGGUGACCAAGACCUCUUAAAUAUAAUCUUCCACUACAACUCAGAGUGUCUGUACAACUUCCCAUGCCAGUGGAACUACAGGCCUGAUCACUGUAUGUAUGGGAGCAACUGUAAAGGAGCCGAGGAGGAAGGUGUGUCCAUUCUCCAUGGGAACCGAGGAGUGUAUCACGACGACAAGCAACCAGCCUUUAAAGUAGUGUAUGACGCAAUACAUGAGUACCCCUUUGAGGACAACUUGUUCCAGUCGCUGUUCUAUCCCCUCCAGACCAAGUUUCUGGACACAGUCAACACCCUGUGUGGUCGGAUUCCCCAGGUGUUCCUCAAACAGGUGGAGAAGACCAUGAGGACUGUGUACGAGAAGAAAGUGGUCCGUCAUGUGAGGCCUCCACCUAAAUAACUACAGGAAACUGGACAGAGGAAGUUGUCUCUCUGACAUCACUAUGGAAAUCUUUCUGUGGAAGAUGUGCAAUGUCAGAAGUCCCCAGACCAGAUGGAAUCAUUAUGCGUUACACGGUGUCUAAUACACAACGGAUCAUAAAUGACAUUCCAUUUGAUUGGAAUGGUGUAGUGGACAUGAUGCUGGAAUGGUGGUAUGGAU